GUGGGUACGGGGUGGACUACACCACCGGGCAGAUGAUGAGCUUCAGCUCCGUCUUCGCAGUGAUGUUCAACGGCUGCACCGGCAUCAUGGCAGGCUCCAACAUGUCAGGGGACCUGAAGCGCCCGAGCUACUCCAUCCCGCGGGGCACCAUCUCUGCCGUGCUCUUCACCUACCUCGUCUACAACCUGCUGGCUUUCCUCAUGUGUGCCACUUGCAACAGGACCCUCCUGCAGAAAGACUACGGCUUCCUGCGUGACAUCAGUAUCUUCCCACCCCUGGUCACCGUGGGAAUCUACGCUGCUACCCUCUCUGCAGCCAUGAGCAACCUUAUUGGGGCAUCCCGCAUCCUUUAUGCCCUAGCCCGGGAUGAUCUCUUUGGCCGGGCGCUGGCGCUGGCCAAGAAGACGUCUGCAAGCGGGAACCCCGUGAUGGCAGUGCUUCUCUCCUGGCUGGUGGUGCAGCUGGUGCUCUUCUCCGGGAAACUCAAUACCAUCGCGGGGGUCGUGACCACCUUCUUCCUCCUGGUUUAUGCCACUGUCAACCUGGCCUGCCUGGCGCUGGAGUGGGCAUCAGCCCCCAACUUCAGGCCCACCUUCCGGUACUUCACCUGGCACACAUGCCUGCUGGGCAUCGCGGGAUGCUGUGUCAUGAUGUUCCUCAUCAGCCCCGUGUCAGCCUCGGCGAGCCUGGGCUUCCUCCUCCUCCUCCUCCUCGCCCUCCACUACCUCUCACCCAGCAGCACCUGGGGCUACAUCAGCCAGGCCCUCAUCUUCCACCAGGUGCGGAAGUACCUCCUGAUGCUGGACGUGCGGAAGGACCACGUCAAGUUCUGGCGCCCACAGAUGCUGCUGAUGGUGCAGAACCCGCGGGGCAGCGCCCGCCUCAUUGACUUUGUGAAUGACCUCAAGAAGAGUGGCCUCUAUGUCCUGGGCCAUGUUGAGCUGCAGGACUUGGACAUGCUGCCCUCAGACCCGCUGCAGCCCCAGCAGGACUCGUGGCUGAGCCUGGUGGACAAGCUGAAUGUCAAGGCCUUCGUCAGCCUCACCCUCGCACCCUCGGUGCGGCACGGCGUCCGGCAGCUCCUCUUCACCUCUGGCCUCGGCGGGAUGCGCCCCAACACCCUGGUACUGGGCUUCUAC